AUGAAGCUGCUCCCGCUGCCAACGCCCGCAAGUCUCGUCGCACCAAAUCUCGAGCGAUCCGCACUCGAGUCUUCUUCCUCCUCCGACAACGCGUCUUCUCCUUCCUCACGCCUUUCCGACCUGAGUAUUCCAGAGACGAAUUCGUCGGACUCAGAAGAACCCGCUGGCGAUUCGAUGAUGAUUGAACGCGAAGACAACUCGGCAUCUGCAAGUCAUUCGACUGAGAAAGAAGACACCAAUGACCUCUCAUCCGCAACGAACGCACAAGCUGUCGAAAAUAACAUGACUACUUCCGCUCCCGAGCGCGCAAGGACUCCUCCCCCCGCCCCGACUCCUGCCCGCGCUCCGACUCCUGCCCGCGCUCCGACUCCAGCCCGCGCUUCGACGCCAAACCGCGCUGCAACUCCUGCCCACGCCGAGUCACCUUCCAGUGGUGCGGCUCCUGGUCAAGCCUCUGCUUCUCCUCAAGCUGCUGCCGCUGCUCAAACUGCUGCAUCUGUUCAAUCCACUACCUCUGCCCCAGCCGCUUCCUCUUCUUCUUCGCCGGCGAAUGGAAGGCCCGCUAUCGGAAGGCCGCAAUCAGCACGCCGGCCGCUUACAAUAGCCGCUCGUGGUGCGGGAGGCGCCAAACCCGUACUCAAUAAACCUCUUCAAGCCUGCCUCGUUGUCACUCUACAUGCUGGUGGCCACCCUGGCAUUAUACAAGUCGCAGACCUCGACGCAGUUUGCGAUGGUCGUGAUGAUGUCGCCGUGCGUAUGCGCGGAUUGAUUGAACAUCCAGGCUCUCAUUCCAACGCGGUGGGCCUUGCGUCGGCGGAGGCUCAUUUGUAUAACGGACUGCCGCGCUACGUGACGACCUUCGAUCGUGACGACCCACGGAUUGCAACCUUCGUUCUCUUCGGGAUUGUCACUCACAAUGGACUCGGAGACUACACGACUCCUAAGCGUGGUCGUCAGUUAUGCCUAGCGCCCUUCAACUUCAAGCUCUCGCGCGCAUUCGCUGUUCUGCGUCGAAUGAGCGGCGAAGGGUAUAUCUACCUAAACACUUACCGAAAGGGGAUCAGUUUCACGACUGGACAAUUCGACCUGAGGGAUGGAGAUGACCGGAGUAGCUGGCGUCCGGUCUUGAAUCAUGAUACUCCCGUUCCCGCUAAAGACGGUCGCGAUCCUUUCAAGUUGGGUCAGUGGACCGAGCUCGACGAUAUCGACGAAACUCUUGUUGAGACCAAUAUGAUCUGUGCCGUUUUGUUCACGCUGGGCUUCUACAAGACGACACCGAAGACGGCGAUCUCCAAGAACGUCCGCAAGACUGCCGGCUUCAAUAUUCAUGGUGUCAUUGUGCUUGACGACGAGCUCCCAUGGUUUUCGUCCGAGCCCAUCCGCGAUUAUGAUGGCGCUCUGACCGAUGGUGUCGAAACCGAUCUCGCACUCUCACUUGACCGCGCUACGAAUCCCCAGGUCGUCCCGCAGGCGUCAAAAGCCACUUCUGGCUUUGAUGAACCUCUGCUCUGA